AUGAUUUCAACGUUGACAUCCAGAAUCUCUCAUAUGUGGCACGACAGUUACUUGCCACCCGCGACCUCUUGGUCUGCACGCUUCCCCUCAGCAUCCGCCAGCGGCCAGAGUCCCUGGUUCUCGAGCCUUACCUCCGCAAGGUCGAGACAAUUUUCUCCAUUGAGGUGGUCGCACUCAACGCACAGUCUCUCACACUCGGCUCAUCGGCUCCAUGAGAAUAAUGCUGUCAGCAUAUAUGACUUCUGCCCCAGACGGAACUUCGCCAUAUAUUACCACGAAGCCAUGAAUCUACAACCAGAAUGA